UGACAAUCCAUCAACAUAACGCAUCACUAAAGUUUUAUCUUCCCUCUUUGAGCCAUUGAUUUAAAAACAUCAUUUUACUCUGACAUUAUCAAAUACGUGGUGCUAUAAAAUUAAUUGAAAAUGUCUGAAGAGACCGAUGCACCGGUUUUUAGCACUGUUGAUAUCAACAAUGACAACAGAGACGAGGAAGAUCUAUUUGCUUCAGCGGUUCAGGAAGUAAGCCUGGAUUCUGAAGUAAAUGGUACAAGUGAGUCUUUGGAGAAAGUAUCAAUAACGGAUAUGUCAUCCAUGCCAGCUGUAGUUGGGAGCCCUAUUAUGGAAGAGAUAGCUACAGAACGUGCCAAUAAUAUAAUAAUUACUGUAACAGAACCUCAAAAGAUUGGUGAAGGCAUGAGCUCAUAUGUAGCUUAUCAUGUCCUAACCAAAACAAAUAUGCCAAUAUUCAGCAGGCAUGAGUUUACUGUCCUCAGACGCUUUAGUGAUUUCUUAGGUCUCCAUGAGAAAUUAACUGAGAAAUAUCUUCGCUCCGGUAGAAUUAUACCACCGGCUCCGGAAAAGAGUAUUGUUGGUACAACAAAACUAAAGAUGACAUCGACCCCGUCAACGGAGAGUGCUAAUGGCACCAACUCAUCUGCCAGUCUGCAGUCGCAGUUUGUGGAACGGCGUCGCGCAGCCCUCGAGCGCUUUCUGAACCGAGUCGCGCAGCAUCCCGUUCUCUGUAUAGAUCCAGACUUUAGAGAGUUUCUUGAAUCCGAUACAGAGCUGCCUAAGGCUACGAGCACAUCAGCGCUCAGCGGUGCGGGAAUGUUGCGACUUUUCAACAAAGUUGGAGAGACUGUCAACAAAAUCACUUACAGAAUGGAUGAGUCUGACCCUUGGUUUGAGGAGCGCAUAGCCCGUGUGGAGGGUCUGGAGGCGCAGUUACGUCGGCUGUGCGGUGCUUGUGAGGCGCUGGCGGGGGAGCGACGCGAGCUGGCGGCGCGCUCGCACGACGCGGCGCGCGCAGCUGCCGCACUCUCCGCCGCGGACCCGCACCCUCCUCUCUCCAGAGCACUCUCACAUCUCGCUGAUUUACAUGAGAAGAUUGAACACCUAAGAAUGGAGCAGUCGAAUACAGACUUUUAUGUAUUAACUGAACAUAUAAAAGAUUAUCUCGGUCUGAUCGGUGCUAUUAAGGAUGUUUUCCAUGAAAGAGUUAAGGUGUUCCAGAACUGGCAGCACGCACAGAUGCAGCUGACGAAGCGGCGCGAGAACAAGGCCAAGGCUGAGCUCGCUAACAGACCUGAGAAGAUCGAACAAGCCUCCAAUGAGAUUAUUGAGUGGGAAUCUAAAGUGGAAAGAGGUCAGCAAGAGUUCGACACGAUCUCUCGCGUCAUCAAGAAAGAACUGGAGCGGUGGGAGGAGACGCGCGUCGCGGAGUUGCGCGCUACCAUACUGCGGUAUCUUGAGGAACAUAUGAAGCAUCAAGCUCAGUCGAUCCGUUACUGGGACGCGUUCCUUCCGGAGGCUCGCGCUAUCAAAUGAGUGGGGGAUUGAUCGACAUUGAUGCGCCAAAUCCGACCUUAACAUCUACACCAUUAAUACUAAUCUGCAUCACAUGGCCCAUUGUAAAUGGUACACUUUAGAUAGUCCAUACAUCGUUAAUUCUCAUAUUAAAUAUUUGUAUUUACGUAGAUAGGUCAUAAAAGUGUUUUUUACUAAUUAAUAAAAAAAAAAUUUUUAAAUGUAGUCCCAAAUUAAUAUAAAAUGCAUGUAUAUGCAUAACAGGUUUUUUGUAGAUAGUUGUCAGUCGACAUUUUUUUUUAAAUAUUUUGUAUGGAUAUAAUUUUAGAAAUAUUGAAAUAGUCAUGAUGUUUAAAAAUAUAUAAUUCUGCGUUUCUAACUUUAGAUAAUCUAUGUGGUAUAUAAUAAAUGUAUAUAAAGAGUUUUUCAUGUUUAAAAGUUAGGUAAUUGUAUCAUUUACAAUCGUCCAUUAAGUACCAAUUUUAAUGUUUAUUUUUUCAGUAAUAUGUUUUAAAAUACAAUAGAAAUAUGAGACUCAAAUGACACACUUUCCCGGAUCUUAGCGAUCAACGGUGACGUCAUCAAAGUCUACAAUCAUUUUAUUUGCACGCAUAUUAUAUAAUAAUUUAUAACUUUUACGGUGAAAAUGAUAUGUAGAUUUACAACUAAAUAUAAUGUUUUAUUCUGUACACAUUCCUUAUAUGCUAUUAAUUUCAUAUACAUUAAAUCAUUUUUUUUUAAAUUACAAGACAGAAUGAGGGCAAAGUUAAUUU